UUCAAUUCCCUUUCUAUUAUUUUUCUCUCACUAAUUUAUAUGUUUACUGAUAAGUGCUAGCCUACUGAUUGCCCUUGGAGAAAGGGACUUGUAUAAUAACAUUUUUUACCGACCAGAUACUGGUCGGUAAGAGGUUAUAAUUUCACAUCUGUUGAUAAUAGAUAAUUAAGCUGUCAUGUGUAUAUAUCCCAUGCUGUUCUCCCAUAUUUUAUCUCAAGUAGAUUACAAUUUUACUUUUCUUAUGAUUUCAACAUCAAAAUGGAUACAGAUGUCAUAUCUGCUGCAAUAGAUUUUGGAUUACAAAAGUUAUCAUUUACUGAAAUCAAAAUUAACCAGAGAAAAGUUGUAGAAAGCUUUUUGGCAGGCAAAGAUGUAUUUUUUUGUUCACCAACUGGAAGUGGCAAAUCACUAACUUUUGAAAUAGCACCUUUUGUAUUUAAAUAUUUACAGAAGAAUGAUAUGUGCAUUGUACUUGUUAUUUCGCCUCUAACAUCUUUAAUGCGAACACAGACUCAAGCAUUGAAUAGAAAAGGGAUUAAAGCAGUAUAUUUGAAGGACAUUACCUCACCAUCUAAUUUUGAAGACAGCCUAACAAAUCUUUCCUUAGGAGAUGUGAAGGAAGGAAAAAUUGACAUUAUUUUCUCCAGUCCAGAGUCACUUAUUGGACACGAAAGAAAAUUACUGUUGGAUUUGGCAAAGAAAAAUUUUAUCAAGACAGUAUUUGUAGAUGAAGCUCACUGCAUAAAAAAGUUUGGGCUUCCAGAUAAAAAGAAGAAGAAAUUGGCAUAUAGACCCUGUUAUGGCCGACUUGACGAAAUUCGUUCACUUGUUGGGGGUCAUGUACCAGUAGUGGCUCUAACAGCAACAGCUACAGAGGAAACCAAAGCUGUCAUUAAAAAGCAACUUUGUAUGGAUAACUGCUCUGAGAUUAUGGUAAAUCCUGACAAAAAGAAUGUGACAUACUGGGUACAUAAUUUACCUUCAGAUGAUAUUUGCACCAAUUUUAGAUGGUUAGUAAAUUUAUUAAGAGGAUAUAAGCAGGCCACUUCAAGGAUGAUUAUAUUCUUUAGGCAAAUCAAACACAUUGCAGACGUAUACGAAUAUCUUGAAACAUCCCUUAAGCAUGAUGCUUACAUAGACUUCAUAGAGGGAGGACCAAAUGAUAACAGAAAUCGCCUUUUUGACAUGUUCCACAUGAAAACCGAUGAUGACGUAAAAGAUUUUAUUUGUACAUCCUACAUGAAUCCAAAUGGUAAUAUUAGAGUUGUUCUAUGUUCAACAUCUUUUAGCAUGGGUCUAGAUGUAAAAGGUGUGGAUACAGUUAUACAUUAUGGUCCAGCUAAUGAUAUUGAUGACUAUGUACAAGAAUCUGGUCGUGAUGGUAGGGAGCUUUCGCAACAAUGCAAUGCUAUUCUACUAACUUACAAAAGAUGUUUAGGAAGUCAAAAUAUAUUCCCAUCUAUGAAAGAAUAUGUUAAAUCUAAAACCUGCAGAUGGGCAUUUAUUCUAAAUAUAUUUAAAACAAUUGUUGAACAUGCACAUAUACCUCACUUUUGUUGUGAUAUUUGUCGUCUCUCGUGCAAAUGUGCAUGCAGUUGUGAAGAUGAAUGUGUAUGUACAAACACUUGCAAUCAAGUUCUCCCUAAAAUAAACACAGCUAUUAUGUCAAAUGAGGACAAUGAUGAUAGUGAUGAUAACGAUGACAAUGACAUCACAGAACUCGAUGAUAUGUUUUCAAGUGAUAGUGACAGUGAUGUUUUAGAAUCGUCAACAAGAAAACCACAAGUCAUUUACAGUUCAGAUGAUGAAAUGUUUUGA